CCAGUUGUUCGCUUUGCCUCUGCUCCCCCUGCCCUUGCCUUGCAAAAAAAAAAGAAGCCCCAACCAGAUCAAAACAAAACCAAACCCAGCACCCGUCUCUCCUUCUCUCCUUACUGCCCAGCGCCUCUCCUUCCUCUUCAAUUCACCAGGAGAUACUAUUCGCCGUUUAGUGCAGAGCGAUGUAGGCAGGCAGUUUUCAUUUUUGAUCACAAGGAAACGAUAAAAUACAGAGACACCAUCUAUCUGUCUCCCUGUCUGCUCUGUGCCGUAUGUGUGUGGCUGCUGUGCCCAGAGAUCUUAUCGCUGCCUCUGCAGAAAUCUUAAAUAUAAACCCAUACAUAGAUUUCGCCUCUAGGAUUAAUUGUUCAUAAAAGGCUCAAAAAUGCAAUUUUCACUGCAGUAAAAAAAAAAAAAAAAAAAAAAAUCAGCUGGUUUAAAUUCUCCCCAACACCCUCUUGUUCCUCUUUCCAUGUGCAAAUGCACGUUGUAUGAGGCGAAUAUAACGUAACAGCCUUUCUUAUAUAAUGCACAGAGUGGAACCCUGCCCGUGAUUUUUGCAUCGUGCCCUCGGGGCAACAGGAUGGAAACCAGCAAUCUGUGCAGCCAGAGAAGGUCGGCUGGGUGCGGAAAUUUUGCGGGAAAGGCAUUUUUAGGGAAAUCUGGAAAAACCGUUAUGUGGUUUUGAAGGGAGAUCAGCUUUACAUCUCGGAGAAGGAGGUAAAAGAUGAAAAAAACAUACAGGAAACGUUCGACCUGAGUGAUUAUGAGAAAUGUGAAGAGCUCAGGAAGUCCAAAAGCAGAAGCAAAAAGAACCACAGCAAAUUUACCCUCGCCCACUCCAGACAGCCUGGAAACACGGCACCAAAUCUGAUCUUCCUGGCUGUGAGUCCAGAAGAGAAAGAGUCCUGGAUUAAUGCCCUCAACUCUGCAAUCACACGUGCUAAAAACCGCAUCUUAGAUGAGGUUACUGUCGAGGAGGACAGCUAUCUCGCCCACCCAACACGAGACAGAGCAAAAAUACAGCACUCCCGACGCCCUCCAACACGGGGACAUUUGAUGGCUGUGGCAUCUACCUCAACGUCUGAUGGCAUGCUGACACUCGACCUGAUCCAGGAGGAAGACGCCUCUCCAGAGGAUCACAGCACCUGCGAAGAGAGUUUCCGGGUGGAUCUGGAUAAGUCAGUGGCACAUCUUACUGCUGGCCGACGCCGGUCGGAUUCAGAGAACGUCAAGUCGUCAGAGAAAGGCCGGACAGGGAGCCUCCCAAGACGGGAGGUGACCUCAUGGGACAGAUCUGGGCAGCGCAAUGAUUCCUUUGACAAAGGGACCAUGUACACACCACAGGUCCCCAAAAAGCUCUCACACUCGGAAAAGAAUAAAUGUGCCUCCAUGGAAGAAAUUCUGUCUCGACGGGACUCUUCCACGCACAGGGCGGUGCUGAGGAGGGGGCUGGAGGCUCAGUUUGCCUCAGCAGAACCAGAGCAGCUGUCCCGGAUACAAGAACUGGUUGCACUGAAACUGGAAAAAACUCAGGAACUGCUGACAGAGGUAAAGGGCUACGGGGAAGGCAAGAGAAAGACCAAGGAUUCCAACACCAGCACCACCACCACCACCUCUUCUUCCUCAUCAUCUUCCAAGUUGGACUCUGAAAGGAUCCUGCAGGAAUCUGAGAGGUUGCUGGGGGAGGCUUCCUCCACCUGGAGCCAAGCCAAGAGGGUGCUGCAGGAGAUCAAAGAGUUGAGGGACCUGUACAAACAGUUUGAACUGCAGCAGUCAGACUCAAAACCCAAACAGAUCUCACAGUCUCAGUACAGGAAGAGCAUGAUGUGAAGGCAAGCCUUGGGAUUGGGAGGGAGGGACAGGGGAAGGCGGCCAUUUGGUCUUUUUUUUAAUUAUUAUUAUUUACAGUGUUCAAAAGAGUGAAAAGGUGCCUGUUCUCAUCCAAAUUUGCUUCUCAGAGCUUGAACCGUUCCUUUCCUCCAUCACAUCCCCUGAUGAAACAACCCUGUGUUCCAAUAAAUUCAGUUACAGUUUAUACCUCCUUUUUUAAAGAGCACCCUUUGCACCACAGGCCCCCAACUUCUGUCAUGCUUGGAGGAUGGAAGAAAGCACCAGUUCCUAGAAAAUGCCCCUGCAUGCCUGGAGCAGCACGUGCAUAACAAUGGGGACAGAUGCUCUUGCGCUGUAUAAGCCCUGGCUUUGCUGCUCUAACGUCUGAGCUGUAUCCUGCAGUACAGCUCCUUGUCCAAGAGUCUCGUCUUGUUCCCUCACUGUCCUCUUGGAAAUAAAUGACAAAAAAAAGGCGUCCGUCCCAGCCAAAGCUUGGAAGUCCCCAUUAUCCAGGAACUGUUCUUGAAGAUGCUUGCAAAUUCAGGCUGACCUCAAGUUUUACGCGAGUCAUCAGAGGCGCUCGCUGGACUGCAGCUAGCGGGGUUCUGUCCUGGCACAGGUCCCUUUUGUGAACUCUUGGGGUCGGCAGCUGUUAUUCUUGUGGUACAUAUACAGCCCUCCAGAAGGAGGGCAACAGGUAUGCAAUCUGUGUUCAAACUAAUCCCGUCUGUCCGUUGAUGCUUUACAGAACCCCCUUGGCCCUGUGCAAUGGGAGUUAGCAGUUAUAUGUCUUCCUUUCUGUGCAAAUAGAGGAUCAAAGCCUUGAAUCUAACAGACAGCCCAGAUGGGUUGUUUGGAGGGGGGGUUGUUUUCUGGCUUUUCCAUUUUCAUUUCAUUCUUUUUUUUUUUUUCCCUUUUCUUUGAGCUGAGGGGAAAUGGAAAAAUCAGGGUUGUGUACAGGCGGCAGCCGGAAACCAAGAGCCAAAAGCAGUUUUGGUAGGUUUGAUUCUGCUCUCUCAUGCAUGCACAGGCUCCGUUUCUGCCAGUCAGACUGCAACAGAUAGUCCUUGUUGCUCCCCUAAGAUCAGAAUCAGGCCUACUGAAAUGAAAGCUGAGCCUGUACGAGAGCUCAAAUACCCUCAUCUUGGUGAUGCCAAGCACUUUGCUAAAUAGGUGGCUCAGUUUUCACGCCUUUGAGCAGAAAGGCAAGAAAGGAGGAUGUUAAGAUGUCUCACAGGGCUUAAAGUACACCAAUGUGGUAACAUCCAACUGUUACUUUUUUUUUAAAAAGGAAACCUACUUCCCUUACCUACAUUGCAAAUAAUCCAUGAAAAUAUUAAAACCAACAGAGUUAUUUCCUGGUUGCAGUUGGUGUUGUCUAUUUUCUGUGAAUGGUUGACCUCCCUUGGAAAGGAGAUUGGUUACUUUCACUUGGGUCUGGCCAGCGUUACUAUUCAGGCUCAUGUUGCAGAUGUAUAGUUGUCAGCGCUGCAAAGCAAGCAUUUCUGCCUUUCCUUCUCCCACUUUCCUGUUAGAAUUACUGGUAGAAUUAUUACUGGUGGCACAAGAUUCCUGAAGAUUUUAGUAUUUACAAACUUCAGAUCUGGCCCUUGCAACAAUCUUUUACUUGUUUCUGACUCUAGCACAGCUCUUUGCCUACUCUUAAAGGACAGUUUUGAAAAGGCAUCACUCGUUCACCUAAGCUCUUGUCACAGAGCUGCAUGCUACAACUGUCCAGGGAUGUACAUGUCACCUUUCCAGCAUUUUUGUUCUUUUUUCUUACCUUUUCUGUCACUUGAGGGAUCUGUUUGGAUGCAUCAGAGGGAAAAACAUAAUCCCUAAAAGAGAUUUCAAAAGCAUGCAUGUCAGCCACUCUGAUAAAACCCUCCCCAUUCAGGUCUUUGAUCGCGAGAACAAGAAAAAAUAUGCAAAUAUUUUCCAGAUGUGACAUUCAGCAUUAAAAUUAGACUUGUUUUCAAAAUAAGAAAGCUAGUCUAAAAACCCGGAGGUCUGAACUGCACUCUGCUGGGAUGGAUGUGUGUUGUGACUGGCCUACUGGACUGAUGUCAAAAUGUAAGCAUGAAAAUACACCUGAUCCUGACUGUACAGGGGUCAUUAAA